ACACAAAUACCUACUUUCAUUUCCAAUCCUACUCGGUGACUCGGGCAGGUGAGUGAACACGGGGUGACCGUGGGGUAAAAUGAACAGCUUGGAAACCAAAACCAAAUGGCCUGUGGGCAUCCCGAAACUGCGUUUCCAUGCUUACAGCUCCCCAGGUGAGCCCUGGUGAGGCAGAGCUGUGUUAGGACAACUGAGCCCUUGACGAGCCUCCUGCUGACGUGUCAUGCCUGUUGGGACAGCCUGGGACCUCUCUGAUUGGCAGCCUGAAUCAGACAGCCCCUUCUUCCUCUGUUAAAUGCAAGUGACAAAUUGCUGCGUGAAGUUACACUGCUACUUGAAAAGAACAACCUCCCUAACAACAUUGCAGCCUGAUGGCCAUGGGAGACCUGGGAGAAGGUUAAAGAAAACAAAGGAACUCCAGACUGAUGUGGAGAAGGGCAGGGGAAUAUUGCCUUGCGGAUGAAAUAUACGGCAAGAACAGGUGUUUGGCAGAAAAGAAGCAGGUUGGAGGAAGUCAGAGGUGUUUCAUCUUCUCAAAGCUUGCUGGUGACUGGAGGUUUCUUCACUUCCAUGUAUCAUCUUCCACUGCUGCCCGUGACCACUUGAAGUCUCUCUCUAUUACAAUAUGAGCUCUUUAAAAGCUUGUGCUCAACCACGCUGCUUUCCAGCUGGCUGUAUCUGGAGGGAUCACCCAGGAGAGACAGGACAUGGGCUCCUCAAGUAGUGUACCUUCAGGACACAACCACGGUGGGGUUGACUUGGUGCUGUCGUCAUGCCCCGUGUUUCACAGCUGGGUUGUCAUCAGGACAGACAUGUCCACCCAUGGCUGGAGGCCAAGGCCUGCCGGCUCUCCUCCUGCCUCGCUUCACAGCAGCCCUGCCUCUGAACUCCCCCCGACAACACCCCAAGCCCAGCUGGCUCCAGAAGUGGAGACACGGGGGCAAGGUGGAGCCUCCAAAGGUCUCAAGGCCGUGAAUCUCACUUUACGAAGAAUGAAAUGCAAAAGUUUCCUUCUCCUUGGUCACUAGGAGGUAGGGGAAGAAAACAAUUAACCCAAGCUAAAAGCAGUUGGGCCCGUGACGUCCAGUGCUCCCAAAUGCUGUCCACUGAAGUACGCGAGCUCUCAGGAAUGUGGAAGAGAUAACUGGAGGCUAAUAGAGCCAAUUAUUUUUAUGGAAAAAUCCCAGCUCUUUCUCUUUAUUGGAGUAGGUUCACGAUCAUCUAUAUAAAAGAAAGCUGUGUUCUGAGGACGCACGCAUUUGCAUACGGAUGGUGUUCUCUUGCAAAUUAUUUGAAUAAAAAUAAAAGAAAAAUGAAAACAGGAGUUUUCACUCAAGGGAAAAGUUAAUGAACUCACUUCUCUUUCUUUCACUCCCUGAUUAAAUAUUAUGUUACCAUUUUAUCUUUGUGCAUGAAGAGUAAAGCCCUAUUCUGUAUUUUGCCAGCUUCAUUCAUGAAGCUUUGUAUUAUUUUUACUGUGCUAGAAAAUUAAAAAUGACUCCCUCCACAUGAGAAGCAGAAUGAAGAAGAGAAGAGCAGUAAUUCCCAGCAGUGUGGAGGAAGGAGAAAGUGAAAGAUGAGACAUCUUCUUUUGUUUGUUUGAAUAGGCAUGAGAUGUGCUCCAGCAUGUGCUGAUGGGAGUAUUUCAAGAAGACCAGCUACAGAAGCUCAGCGAGAAAUACAAAAAGCAUUACCUGCUAUCUUUCUGCAGAGGACGCAUUGUGAGGGUACCCAAAGGUCCUCUAAUUCGAGUUGUGGGCACAGAGGUGGCGAUCCCUUGCAGCGUUAGUGACUACGACGGACCCAGCGAGCAGAACUUUGACUGGGAGUUCGCCCGAGAGACUGACUUCGUGCGGAUAGUGAGUACCUGGGAUUCUACCUUCACCUCUGAGGAGUACCAAAAACGUGUGGGCCACGGGGAUAUCAAACUGAGACGGAGCAGCAACGAUGCUGUGGAACUCGUGAUUAAAAACAUCCAGCCAACUGACCAAGGGAAAUACAAAUGCUCCACGCCCAGCACUGAUGCCACCGUUCAGGGAAAUUAUGAUGCUGAGGUCCAAGUGAAAGUGAUUUCUGAUGGCUUAUUGGUGAGCGGUUCAAAAGCACGUUCUUCAACAUCUCUGAAGCUCUCUGAGGGUGACUCCUUCAAGCUGCGCUGCUCAGCAAUCACCACCUCACCGGAGCACACUCACCUGCACGUGACUUGGCAGAUCAAAAGUGGAUUGUCUUGGCAGGACAUCCUAUCUUUGACUCACGAAGGCAAAUUCCAGCCUGGCCCUGGCUAUGAGGAGCGCUACCGUAGUGGAGAUAUCCGCUUGGACACGGGAGUGAAUGACACGUAUCGACUGUCUGUGUCCCAGGCCUCGUCGGUGGAUGCGGGCGUCUACAGGUGUCUCGUGAGCGAGUGGGUGAGAGGGGCAGAUAGCUCAUGGCAGAAGAUUCAGGAGAAGAGCGUGGAGAUAGCAAGUGUGUCGAUCCAGCGGACUGUUCUAGAUGUGCUCAUCUCAACAAGCAAUCUGUCUGUGACUGAAAGGGACUCCCUGGAUCUUACCUGCAACAUCACAACGGACAGGAGUGGUAUUUUCCAAGCCGAGGUGACGUGGUAUUUCUCUGGGUCACCUGAUGACACCUUGUCAGAUGCUCAGGUUUUGUUGAGCAUGGACCAUGACUCCGUUGUCAGUGAUUCAACUCUUAUCAGCCUGAGCCAUGUCGAUAGGAAUUCCUAUCGCCUCUUGGUGCGUGAUGUGGGUGUGGAAGACUCUGGGUACUACUUCUGCCAAGCAGCUGUCUGGGUGCCACUGCACAACGGGAGCUGGCAUAAAGUGGUGGAGAGGACAUCUGCGCCAGUCAGUGUGGUGGUGACAGCAUUAGAGCCAGAUUAUGAGGUGUUUCUGAAUGCAUCUAAAACACCCAAGUUUUCAGAUGACCCCACCGAGCUGGAGUGCAGGAUCACAAACGCCCAGGACACCGAAGCAAACAUCCGCUUCACAGUUUCAUGGUACUACAAGGAGCACCUGCUCGGUGAUGAUGUUGCGACAGAGGAACUGCUGGCCACCAUGGAUGCAGACUGGACUCUGCUUCUUGGGGACAGGAGCAGAGAGCGGACUCAGAACGGGGAAAUAAUCUUCUCUAAAAAGGCUGUUGACACCUUCAGUUUACGGAUCCAGUGGACUUCAGAAAGUGACAGAGGGGAUUACUUCUGUGUCAUCUCUGCAUGGAGUAGGCACCGCAACAACAGCUGGGUAAAAAGCAAAGACGUGACUUCUGCACCUGUCAGCAUUUUAUGGGCUACACAAGAUUACACGCUGACAGUGGAGGCGGUGAAACUGAAGCCAUUCUUUGUGGCAGGCCACACCUUUGAGAUGACAUGCAAAGUGUCUUCGAAAAACAUCAAGACGCCACGCUAUUCUGUCCUCAUUACAGCAGAGAAGCCGCUGACAGAUCAGUCGAAUCCCAAUGGAACCACUCGCAUAAUUUCCCUGAACCAGGAUUCGGUGGUGCGGCUGGAAGACUGGACGGACCAGACUCGUGUGGAUGGCGUGGUUCUGGAGAAGGUGCAGGAGAACGAGUUCCGCUACAGGAUGUAUCAGACCCAAAUUUCUGAUGCUGGGCUGUAUCGCUGUGUGGUGACUGCCUGGUCUCCAGGUGGUGGUGGCAUGUGGCGUGAAGCAGUGAACGGCUUGUCCAACCCUAUCCAGAUAGACUUCCAGACAUCAGGUCCUGUGUUUAAUGUCUCCGUGCAUUCUGACAACCUGACGAUUUACCAGGGUGAACUGGCAGAUUUGCUCUGUAUCAUCACAAUGGAUGGAAUGGCACUGGAGCCAGAUGACAUGUCUUUUGAUGUCUCCUGGUUUGCCGUGCGCUCCUUCGCACUGGACAGAGAGCCCGUCUUGCUGGCCUCGGUGGACCGGAGAGGGAUCGUGACGCAGAGCAGGAGAAACGGGAGCAGUGAUCUCAGCCUGGAGAGAAUCAGCCCGCUGGAAUUCCGUCUCCGUGUGCAUGGCUGUGAGGACCAUGAUUUUGGGAACCAUUACUGCGUGGUGACCCCAUGGGUACGGUCUGCCACUGGCGUAUGGCAGCGGGAACCUGCCGUCAAAGCCAAACCCGUCUUUCUAUCUGUGAAAAUGGAUGUUCUGAAUGCUUCAAGUAUCCCCUGUUGAUUGGCAUUGGUCUGGCCACUGUCAUCGGACUCUUAUCCUGCCUCAUCGGCUACUGCAGCUCUCGUUGGUGCUGCAAGAAGGAAGUGCAGGAAACAAGGCGAGAGCGUCGCCGGCUGAUGUCAAUGGAGAUGGAUUGAGUGCUGGAGUCAGGCACGCUUGCGUUUCGGGAGAGACUCACAGGGCUCUUGGACUGUGCUGAGACACUCGCUCACAGGCCCAGACAAGCACACUUCCUCUCUGAUUUCAGCCUGGACCUCAAGCUUCUCCUUGUUACACAUCAUGUCCCGAGAGCUUUCAGGCCAUGUUUAGUGACUCAGAGUUCUCCUUUUUCCAGCAGCACUUUCUGCAUAGGGAUUGUGUCCUUCUAAUGUACAAACUGUUGAGCCUGCUUUCAGCAGGGCCCUGUGACAAAAUUCACUAAAGUGUUAUUUUAUAAAUAUUUUGGUUUAGCCCCUCUUGGUUUUUGAAAAGGUCUUCCUCUAUGGAAACAUGACAGGGAGGGCAAUGUGUGGGAAGGGACUGGUAGAAUCGUCAGACUUUCAUUGUGUUAAUCAAUCUACUUUUCCCCUCUACCCUCAUUGCAGCAUCCUGUCUGCUUCCUCUGUCACCUUGGUAUCUCACAGACUUCUCUAUGUUGGCUUGAAGCCUGGAGAAGGGUAUUCCACUGGUGCCUCAUGAGGCUAUUCCAGCAGGGAACUGAUUUUUGGCUGUCGGUAUGCCUUCUCUUCCCUGGCUUUCAAAGGGUUUACGAUUAACCUGAAAGCGUAACUUGCCUGGAGGUCUUUGAGAAUUUUUCUUAUUAUUUUAUUUUUUUCUAGUUUUCCGUGCUCAAAGCUCUUGACUGUGGUGAACAGGGGCUAACUUGGCAGCCCUGAAGAGUCACUCUUCAGACAAGCGUUUGUUGGAUGUCUGCGUAUGGCCACCAGCUCCCCAACCCUUCCCCUUUCUUUUCUCCUCACUACAGCUGCUCACGUUGUGCCUCAGACCCUGCUCUGCUUGUGGCGGGGGGGCAACAUGGUGUCUAGAGACAAGACCCAGCUUUCUGCUGGCCUUGGCAGAGGCAAGAGACCUUGCCCAACUCGCAAUGGCGUGACUCAUGAGAAAAAUGUGAGAUGGAUCUUUGUGUGCAAUUGGCCAACUGAUCGUGUUUAGAGGAGACUGGUAAACUGUCCCCAAAUGCACAGACCAGAUAACAAUGCUGCUUCUGCCAGUCACUCAGUGGUAACCCUUGAACCUGUGAGCAGAGUCUGACUGCAGUAGCUUAGGGUAGGAAUAUGAGCAAGCUAAAGAGGGCAGCAAAAUGUUCCUGUGAUCCUGGUCUCGUACAUGGGCCUGCAGUGAGGUUUUCCCCAUGGGUUUGAGGCAUAUUCCUAGGUGCUAUAUUAUAAGAAGUCCUGCUUUGGUCUUCCACAUACACUGACCUGGCUCCUGCCAAAGGAGCAGCUGCUUUUCCAGGCAGUUCUGUCUUUCCAGCGCAGCUGGUAUUUUAAGCAAUAAAAGUCAGAGUAUAGGUACUGUGUACAAACAAAAGAGUAGGACUGUACCACAGCUAGGGUCUAGCUUGCACCAGGAAGGGUUGAAAAUGCAGAGAGGAGGUCAGGGCUCAAUCCUUUACAGAUUUUGUAGGAUAAAAGAAAAGACUCUGGAGGACGGCAUCUGCAGAAGGUAGUGUUUGUGGUGUGCUGUUGCCAGUCUUAGACAUUAGUUAUGUUCUAGACAGUCUCCUUCACUAAUAGCUUGUUCCAGGGGAGCUGCAGGUCUGUGCUAUGAUGACCUCAUUUCACAUUAGCUUGUGGACCCUUUCACUCACCACUACAGCUAUUCCAUUUUUUUCAGUAAGGUUUUUUUGUUUUGUUUUGUUUUCUUGGCUUGUGUUGUGACCUUUUUUCUGAGGUUGGCAUGAAAAUUUUCUCUAGAAGGCUAUGUUCUGCCCCCAGCAUGCAAAUAUGCACACAGUCACACUGCUGGUGGGUUAACCUUGACUGUACAUAUGUACACACACAAUGUCUAAUAAUUUUUGGAAGCUGAAUAUGAGGCAUCUUCAAAAUGGACUUGAUUUGCAGAGAUGGAGCUUGCAACUCACUGUUGGACUCUGGCACUUUGUGUAGGGUUUUAGAGCUGAGAGACCGAAAGCCUAUAACCCUCUGGAAGACUUUGGCCUAAGCAUUCUUAGCAGCUUCUCUUUCUGUCCUGGUGUGUGUGUGUGUGUUUUUCCUCCUCUCUUGAAGAGCUCUGAAAAGGCUUAUGUUGCGGACAGAUGUAGCUGCCUCUGCUGAGGAGCAGGGCAGAAGCAACCUCUAGUUUCCACUGUGAAAGCCCAGAAAUCUUUAGCGAUGCUUUACAAAGAAAGGGCAUCGAGGAGAGAAUUCACUCAAAUAUCAUUUUGACAGCAAGAAUUUUUCUUCCUCUCCUGUUUGGCUGCUGUAGUGAAAUGUUGCUUUUCCUUGCAUGUUAAGGAGCACCAUUCUGAUGUCUGGGGUGCUGGCUGUCCUUCCCACACUGAUCUACGCAGCUUCUUUCCUGCUUUAAUACCUGCUUUCUUCACAGAAAAGACCUGUGGAAUUGGGAUGUCUUGGGUGGGGCGAUUGGUAGUGGUGGUGAAGUUCAAAGCACAGCAUCAGUUGCUUGCUAUCUGAGCAGACUGACUCCAUAUUUAUGUGCCCUUGGUUAAGUUUUAGGGAAAGAGGGUCACGAGGCAAUAAUUAGGGAAUGAAUGAGCAGGGACCCGCCAUCUCUUCCCAAGCACGCAACAUAGCACACUUUAUCCCUGCCGGAAAAAAACUCAGGGUUAUUUUGGUCAGGGCUCCCUGCUCCUCUAGGGAAAGGUCCCCAUGUUCUUAGCUAAUGCUGGCCUUCCUUCAAGGCCAGUAACAAACCAUCUUUGUCAUUCCAAGUGAAGCAAGUUCGCUGCUAGCUCACACCGCUGCCAGCCCCUUGGAAGGCAAUGCUGCAUCCCCUUAGACCCUGUAUUUGCUGUAGUUGGAAGGCUAGAAGCUGAGGGGCUAGGCUUACCCUACAGGUUUCCUUCUAUUUGUGCCAAUUUUGUAUUAUCCCCUUUUUUAAAAAUAGAGUGGAAAUCUUGUCUCCAAUGGCGGGGGAAAAAAAAAAGACUCUCGGUCACUUUCAUGUUUUUUUAUUAUUAUUUCUUGUGUGACCAGGGUUUGUGUGAAUGGAGGUGUGUGCGCACCUGGUCGUGUAUUAAACCUGCAGAAUAUCAGGAGAGUGAGCUGCCUGAAAUACUGUGCAAGGAUCCGUAUCCUCUCUGCUGCAACCUGUGGUAUUGUCUAAGUAUCCUAAGGGCUCAUGUUGAUCUUCCUCUGUUCGUAUUGCCACAUCUCCUGGGUAAGCUGGUAAAUUCCUCCAGGCACUUGGAAUUUGAUCCAGGACAAGCUUGAACAUCCGUAUAGCAGAAGGGCAAGAUGUUUUCUUUCUUUUGUUUUAAUUUCAAAGUUACAAAAUGAAGUGUUUGGCACAGUUCUGGAAUGCAGGUACCCAAUAGUUCUAACAAUACUGUGUAAAAUGUUUCUUUUUAUGUUUAAAAUAAGAGCCUUUUUGAUUAAG